UUCGUUGGCACUCUGGUUUCAUCACUUCAGACCUCGACUACCCUUGAGCGGUUCAUCAGGACGCAUUUUGGGCGCUCGGAUACCCUACUUGUUGUAGUCAACGACUUUCUUUCAUAUUUUGAUCGCGUUUGCUGUGGUUUCCAGACAAUAAGAAGCCAAAGAGGAGAACGUGAGGUUUUCGCCAUGGGAGCACAGACCUCAGCGCAACGGGACGGGAAGACUCAAGAAGAUGCGUCAGCGGAGGAGCUGAGUGCGGAGGUGAACGCGACCCAGGAGGACAGCGCCGUCGAUGCCAAGCUGCUGCAAAAGAACGGACAGAUCUCCAGCAUCUCCAGCCUCAAUGGACACUCAGAAGACAAUUCCCUGGCCGAAGUCGGCCAGACAGACGGCGGGUCUCAGAAGGAGGAGGUUCCUGAGACGAUGGACACCCUCCAAGGGGAGGUGGCCCCCCAGGUCAACGGAGAGAAGGAGGAGAAGGGGACACCCGAUGCGGACGACAUCACAGCCGGCGAGGAGAAGGCUGCGGAGGAGAAGCCCGGAGAGGCCAACGAGGUGGGCUUCAAGAAGAUCUUCCGCUUUGUGGGCUUCAAGUUCACCCUGAAAAAGGACAAAAACGAGAAGACGGAACCCGUGCAACUGCUGACCGUGAAGGACAAGGACGGAGAGGGGGAGGCCAGCGGCUCUGAGGAGGUGCAGGAAGAAGUGGCUGCUGAGGAGAAGGGGGAGGCCGAGGGUCAGGCCGCGGAGACGGAGGCUCCGUCCUCUGAGGCCACGCCCGAGGCUGCGGCAGACGUUGAGACUCCGGCUGAUGCCGUGGACGGAGAAGCGGCCUCAGAGGAGGCACCAAAGGAGGAGGGGGAGGAGGAGGGACAGAAAGAAUGCGAGGACCAGGCUGGAUCUCUUACCAGUCCGCCUAGCCAGGAGGUCACCCAGUCCCCCUUCCGGAAAUUCUUCACACAGGGCAUCUUCUCCAACCUGCGCAAAAAGGCCAGCAUCAAGAAGCCCAAAGAAGAAGAGCCAAAAGAGGGCACCGCUGAGGAGGAGGUCAAGGAGGGAGAGGAAGGUGCAGAGGAGAGGGAGAAAGCCGAGGUAGUCAAGGAAGAGGUACAGGUCGCAACCCCUCCAGAGGAAUCCACGGCCGAGGUUGCAGUUGAGGACAUUCCCAUAGCUGAGACAGCCACCACUAACGAGGUCGUUGUGGAGGUUAAAGCUGAAGCCGAGGUUGCCAUGGAAACCCCGGCUCCAGCAGCAGCUGACACUACUGAUGAAGCCAAACCAGCAGAGGAGAUAGCUGAGGAGGCGACGGAGGGCGACAAGGCACCAGCAGAGGUCGCCCAUGAGGCUGAGUUGCUGUCCUCCCAGGAGAAGACAAAGGCCCAGGGAAGCCCACUGAAGAAGCUCUUCACUGGGGCGGGCCUGAAGAAGCGCUCAACUAAGAAGCAGAAGGCCAAGAAAGACGCAGAGGCUAAGCUAACCGAGUCUGGGGAGCAGGCUUCAGAGCAGUUACAGUCCUCCACUGAGUCGACCGAGGGCCAGAAAGUCAGUAGCAGCCCUUCGUCCCCAGAGGACUCGGGGGAGCACAUCGCCGGAGCAGAGGCCUCUCAGGCUGAGGCUGGCCAAGAGGCAGAAGGAGAAGGGACCACCUCGGACGGGGAGAAGAAGAAAGAAGGUAUCCUCCCCUGGUCCUCCUUCAAGAAGCUUGUGACACCCAAGAAACGUGUCAAAAGGCCCUCUGAGAGUGAGGAUGAAGCCCCCGGCGACAAGGCCAAGACAGCCACCCUGUCCUCCACGGAGAGCACCGUGUUCAUGGACAAACCCGCCAGCGAGGAGAUCAAACCGUCCGAGGAGGAGCUGAAGACUGAGAAUGCGGAAAAACUGGAGAGCAGCACUGAGGAGCCCAAGAAGAAGAUGGACACCUCAGUGUCCUGGGAGGCCCUGAUGUGCAUGGGUGGUAAGACCAAGAGGACCAGGAGGACCUCGGAUUCAGAUGAUGAUGAGACCAAAAUCGAGGAGGAGGUGCAGCCAGCUGGAGAGGAGAAGGCCAACACCACCGAGUCACCUCUCGUCAGUUCCCAGGAGGCUGAACCAGAAAACACUGUGUCAUCCCCAGAACCACACACCAGCACUUCAGAUGGAGAGGCGGUGUCCACCUGGGAGUCCCUGAAGCGCUUCGUCAUCCAGCGAAGGAAGUCCAAAACCGAGGAGAGGACCGAGGAGGCAGCGUCUUCUGAACAAGUCCUCUCAGACAGUGAAAUCCCCAAAGAGGAGUCCUCUUUCUCUUUGAGAAAACUCAUCCCCGGACGCAAGAAGAAGAAGCUUGAGAAGCAGUUCUCCUCCGACGUGGGCUCUGGUGAGGAGGACUCGGACACCCCGGGCGUGGUUCCUCUGUCAGAGUACGACAACGAGCCACAGGCUCCGACCGAGGAGACGUCGGAAACGGCUCCAGCUAAAGUCUCGUCCGAGGACAGAUCCCCUUCGUGGAUCUCCACCCUGGCGGUCGCAGAGGAGGUUCAUGAGCCGCUGAGUGACAUCCCCGAGGAGGGAGACAAUGCUGCCACGCCCAAGUCAGCCGACACCAGCAUGGCUGAGGACAUCGUGGACCUGACGACAGAGGAGGCGUUGGCAGCCCAAGAGAAAGUGCCCGAGCUAUCUGCUGUAGAGGUGACCGAAUUACUCCCCGCGACCCCAGCUGGAGAAACCACCCCUGUUCCAGAUGCCCCAGAGUCCGAAUCAGUGGAUGUUGUUCUGGAGGAAGCGGCGGAGGUGCUUAGCGAGAUCCCUAGUCAAUCAAGCGUCCCAGUGGAAACGGUCCCACUGGAAGAGGCGGAUACCAAUUUGGAGCCCCAACCACCAAUUGACUUUGCGGAAGUGGAGACAAAGCUCGUGCUGAUGGCACACGUCAAGGAUGAGGCCACCGCCAUCUGCACUGGAUUAGGCACCAAGGAGAUUGCAAAGCUGGCAAUAGAGAAGCCUGUGACUCCCGUUGUGGAGUGUGUCUCCGUGGUCAGCGAUGCUCUGGUCGCAGAGGUCCCUCUUGAGGACAAAGCUGAAAAGAUUGAGGAGGCCGUUGCAGCUGAAGACCCUGUGUUUAAGGCUCAAGUGGAGCAGGUGGAAACCACGGAGCUGGAGCCGGCCCUGGAGAACACCGUGGGAGACGAGAAACCCGAGACUGAGAACGCCAGCGAAGGUAAAGAACCCGAAAUCAUCAAAGUGGCUGUGGUCCAUUCCAUCCAGACAGCGGCUGAGAUUGUACAGCCACCGGUGGUGUCCGAAAACACUCCCAGAGUAGAGAUGGUAGAUCCCAUAGAACCAACCGUUGAAGAGGUCCUGUGCACUGAGACCGUACAGGUCACUUCAGCUUCUAUCGUGGAGGGAAAGAGUGAGGAUAUGGAGGUGGAACAGAUUGUGGCUUCUGAAGAAAACGCUGCAGUUGGAGAAGUGACUCAGGCUGCAGUUUAUGAGAUGGUUACUAGUAUGGUUGGAACCUCCCAUGCUGACGAGGCGGUCGAAGCAGCCAUUGCUGUUGUGGCCCCCACUGAGGAGUUUGCUACAGCUAAAGAAACGGUUUGCCUCGUCGCCCCACUACCUAUGGAGCCUGAUCAAGUGGAGGUCAAACAAGAAGCAAUGAUGGAGAAUGCCUCAGUCCCACAAAAUUCCAUUUGUGACAUUCAAAGCCAGGUGCUGGCAAAGGAUGUCCUCGUUGCUGUUGCAGAACUCGGGGUGGAGGGUGACACUGAAGCAGCAAAGUCAGAGGUCAGCGGGGUUAUUGUGGAGGUCACUGAGAAGAUCGAGGAAGACACCAAGGCAGAGGAAGAGGCAAGCACCAUUGAGGAGCAGGGCAUGGUCAUCGCCCAGGUGGUCAUCCAGAAUGCUUUGGACAAAGUGGCAGAGAAUGAGUCAGAAGAAGAGAAGCCUGCCACUCUGACCACUGAUAUACCAACCACUGAUAUCCCAACCACUGAUGCCCCAACCACUGAUGCCCCAACCACUGAUGCCCCGCCCACUGAUGCCCCAACCACUGAUGCCCCACCCACUGAUGCCUCAACCACUGAUGCCCCACCCACUGAUGCCCCAACCACUGAUGCCCCACCCACUGAUGCCCCAACCACUGAUGACCCAACACCUGUCCAGGCUGUCUUAACGAUAGAGAAAGAGGUGAAAAAGGCACCAGAGGAGCAACCAGUCAUUACUGGGGUAUCUGUAGUGAAUAUACAAGCAGAGAAACCUGCUCCAGAAGCACCAGCAGAGGCUGAAACAGCAACACUAUCAGUCUACGAAGCCGUCCAGGUCAUGGAGACAAUUGAAGUUGAGGUCAUCGACGAAGAGGCUCACAAGGAGCCUGAGGAGACAGUCAAACCGGAAGUGAAUACGGAUCAGUUAAACCAGGCAGUGGAGGUCAACGUAUGUGAGGAGAAGGUGGAAGAGGUAGAAGAAGAAGUGAGGGAGAUUCCAGAGAGUCAGAUGAAUGGGAAGAGCGAGGAGAUCAAGAAGGAAAACGACAUAGCAGAGGAAGUGUUGCCGGAAGCAUCACCCACUGAGAUCAAGGAUAUUCAACCCAAGGUUCAGCAUGCUGAGGUGAAAGAGGUGUCUGAGGCAGGCCCUGUAGAAGCAGUAACGCAAGUUCUCAAGACCCCCUCUCAGCCGGAGGAGAAGAAGGAGGCUGCACCAGUAGUCCUUCAGGCCACAGAGGUGGUUGAGGAGCAGGCAGUAGAGGAACUCCAGAUUGAAGCUGUGGUGGAAUUUGACAGCACUGGUGUCACAAACAAUGUGGAUGCAGCAGCCCAGGAUGCCCCUGCCGUCGCCACUGUGGAAAUGAACAUGAUAGCAGACCAGGAACCAGCACUGGAGGAGGCUGAAAAUCAUGUGUCUACAGAUACUGCUGUCACAAGCCAAGAGGCCCAAGUCGCUGUGGCAAUCGCCAGCCCUGUGGAGCCGGCGGUGCCAGAGACUGAGAAGGCGUCUGCAGCGAAGUGCGCCGAGGUGAUGGCACAGGUAAUCGAGGUGAUCGAGGAGGCAGUGAAGGAGAUCGAGCCUGUCUCCACGGAGCUUACAGCAGCAUCGUGAGCAGCUGUAGGUGCAUGAUGGAUGCCUGGGAGUGUCCAGAUCUGGAAGCGUUAGAAAGAAAGAGAGGCUGCUCUGUGGAAACAUACUGACACUGAGCUCCGCCCCACCCUGCCCAGAGCGACCGAGUGACUGAGCGACUAUUCCACACGUCUCUCUUCUUCAUCCCUACCCCCUUCCCUCCCACCCCCCAAGCCCCAUCCAUCACGCAGCACCAGUCCCAUCAUAAAGUGACCCGCUCACACACACCCCUCCCACCCAUCUCAAUUCUUCCCCUCCCAACACACACACACACCAUGUUCUUACUGUCACUGUGCCAAUGGUGCCCCUCAGAAGCAUCCCAUCCGCCUUGUAAUCAAUGUGAUGUACGCUUGCUGUCUUAAUGACUUUCCAUUGCCCUUGCUACAGUGGCAGGGGUGGGUCUGCUGUCUGGUGUGGAGUGUGUAUGUGUGUGUGUGUGUGUGAGCAUGUGUGUAUACGUCUACAUGUGACUGUGUGAGUGUGUGUGCGUGUAUGUGUGUGAGAGAGAAAUAGAGCGAGAGAGAGGGGGGGGGGAGAGAGAGAAAGAGAGCGCGACAAGACAGUGUGUGUUGUCGGAAAAGUUGGAAGAUCAUUAUCUUGUAUAUUGUAUUUAUAUCUUAAGUAUUCUCGUCCCCUUUACUUCAUUCUAUUUUUUCAUUGUUUGUAAUAAUGUACCCCAUCUUCUCAUGUCUGUGAACUCAGAACUCUAAAACACUGUUAGAAUUCUACAGAGAUUCUAACAAAAACAUGGUACAAAUGCCAUUUGGCAGAGUAAUAGCAUUGAUUAUAGAUUGAUGGCAAAAUGUGAAAAAAACAGGAGAUAUCCAGUAGGAUUUUGACUUUUGACAUGUUCACUGUCACUCUAAACUGUCUCUCUCCCCUCAGCCCUCCGUUAUGUUUUCAGCGCCUACUGUAGAUAUACAUACUUCACUGCCUGACUGACUGUGAAAUAAGUUACUUACUGAAAUAUAAAUGUCUUUGAAUUUCAUGUAAAGAUACAAUAAAACACUAAUAUUUCACCCUGGUUUGAUAAUGUGAGAAGACAAUGUAUUUCGACCUGUGGUUUGCCAAGCAGGGAUUUUGACGAAAACACACUGAAACACUUGUGACACUUGAGGGACUGUACUUGGGCAGGCACAACUUGCACUUGCAUGGGGCAGAAGUCACAUGUGUUUCUCAGUAUGUUAGACGGUCUAGAACAUGAAGUGUAUGGAUUCUAGGUAGGUGGUGUAAAACACUGGCAGUAGAGCCUCAUGCUGGGUUCACACAGGAGAACAGUGCACUGGCACCCUCUGCUGCCUCAUUUGUCUGUUUUAGUCCGAAUCUUCCAAUCCUCCCAGUUGAGCCAGUGCUGAUAGUAUCCUCACUUAUGUUUUGUGGAAUUGAUAUAGAUUUAUGAAUGGGGGUUAGGAAUGUUUUCAUUUUAUGAAAUGUUUCAAUUGUUUUCUGCAGCCUACACAAAGAUUCACGUUGUAGUGUAGGUGUGUGACAAUUUACUAAUGACGCUGGGAAGGGGACACCAAGCUAGCACAACUGAGUUUUUUUAGAUGGAACACAACACACACAUCACAUGGUACCAGAGAAAGAGAGGCGCUUGUUUUUCUGUUAAUAUAUAAGCCAAAUUUAGUUAGGAUCGGUAAUCAUGGUUGCCCCUCAUGAUAGGACAUCACUAGGAUCAGAUUAUGACUGGGAAGAACUCAAGACUUGGCUUGGGGGUCAGGCAGGUUCAAGUCACCCUGUAAAUAGCAAUGGAGCUGCCAAUGUUGAUACUAAUUUGAGAUGUAUGGUUAUCAAUUGAAGAACAGUUGGGUAAUUCCAUGUUCCAGAGAUUUCUUUUUACUUUGUCGGGAGUGUAGAAGGGGGCAGGGUGGGGUAGAAAAACAAAGUCAAAAGAUGAUCUAGCUCCAUCAAUGUCUAGAACAAACCAAAUCAAUCAGAAAUGGCAGAAACAGGAAUAGACACAUCCUUUCCAAAUUCAGUCAAAUUGAGGUAUUGAUUAUGAGUAGCUGUUUCCGAUUGAACCCUUCAUGCCCAGGCAGUGGUUGACUUAGCUUUAGCGUUUACAUUGCUCAGCUGACAGACCAAACACAGAGAGAGGAACAUAGACAGCCAUUUCUGGUUACCACUUCACUUGGAUGGAUGCAUCACAUCCACAUUUGCUUUCUUGCAACAGAGUAAAAAGACAGAAUGAAACCAUGUAAAAGACAGUUUUCUUUGUGUUUUUUUGCUAUAUUUUGGUUUAGACCCCCUACAUACCCACCUACGCUUUUUGUAACACAAUCUAACUGUGAACCUGGUAACAUUUGUACAAAUUGUAUACCCAUGUACCUAAAAAGAAAUAAUAUUGUAAUUAUAACAAAUAACCUAUAAGCAUUAAAGCAUCUAAUGUCUCUGUUGCAUGGUCUUAAUUCUGUCUUUUAUAUUUUCCAAGCUGUUAAUAGAAUGGAUAAAAAAUCAUGUCUAUAUUUCAUUCAAUAAAGCUAGUAGUAUAAAAACAUGUA